AUGGCACCUCCCCAGGAGGAAGGCGGCGGGAAUGGGACAGAACUAUCCAUGCAGAGGUCGAGAUGGGCCACCCGAAGGCUGACCGUUAAGAGCGGCGCUAGGAAACGGCUUUCGUUGAUGACGAGGGCGCAAGCAAAGAACUCGGCGACAGAAAAACGGCAGUCCGGAGUGACAGAUGAUGGCUCCCCUGCUGCAGAUGGUGAUCAGAAAGAAGGCAGCAUCUCCAGCAGCAAUAACGGGGGCUCUGCGCCCAGAAAACUCUAUUUCAACCUCCCUCUGCCCCCUGAACUUAAGGACGAAGAGGGACACCCAAUACAGCAGUUUCCGCGCAACAAGAUCCGUACUGCCAAGUACACGCCGCUUUCCUUCAUUCCCAAGAAUUUAUGGUUCCAGUUCCACAACAUCGCUAAUAUUUUUUUCCUUUUCCUUGUCAUCUUAGUUAUUUUCCCUAUCUUUGGCGGAGUUAAUCCUGGACUCAACUCCGUCCCCCUAAUAGUUAUUAUCACUGUCACAGCCAUCAAGGAUGCCAUUGAGGAUUACCGGAGAACGAUUCUCGACAUCGAGCUCAACAAUGCCCCUGUUCACCGGUUACAGGGCUGGGAGAACGUGAAUGUAGAGAAGGACAACGUUUCAUUAUGGCGAAGGUUCAAAAAAGCCAACUCCCGCUUUUUCGGCUCCAUCUGGCAUCUCAUUGAAAGAUUGUGGAAGGAGGAUGCUCAGUCCAUGCGUCAACGCUUUGCCUCUGCGGACCCGCGCAUGUCGAUUGAGACAAGGACUGCACCGUGGGAUCCAUCUCAUCGGCGAUCGGUUGCCUCACACACGGAAGAAAUCCAGAUGACCCCAGUGCCAUCUCCCGUUCCUCACGAUCCCGACGUGCCGACUGUAUCGUCUGCGAUAGAGAACGAAGCUACGCUACUCCAGAACUUGAAGGGAGACUUGAUCAACCACGAGAUCCCCGUCUCUGGCAAAGCGCGAUUCCACAAGGAUGCAUGGAAGAAUCUAGUCGUGGGUGACUUUGUACGCAUCUACAACGACGACGAACUUCCCGCCGACAUCAUCAUCCUGGCGACUUCAGACCCCGAUGGUGCUUGCUAUGUUGAGACCAAGAACCUGGAUGGCGAAACCAACCUAAAGGUGCGACAGGCCUUGCGAUGCGGGAGAACGCUCAAGCAUGCUCGCGACUGCGAGCGUGCUCAGUUCGUUAUUGAGAGCGAGCCUCCUCAGCCGAACCUCUACAAGUACAAUGGUGCUAUCAGAUGGAAGCAGAGGGUUCCCUGGGAUCCCCACGGAGAACCUAGGGAAAUGUCUGAGCCCAUUGGCAUCGACAACCUCCUGCUGCGUGGCUGCCAUCUCCGCAACACCGAAUGGGCCCUCGGCGUGGUUGUCUUCACUGGCCAUGACACUAAGAUCAUGAUGAAUGCUGGCAUCACGCCCAGUAAGCGCGCGCGCAUUGCUCGGGAGCUUAACUUCAAUGUCAUUUGCAACUUCGGUAUCCUCUUAAUCAUGUGCCUGAUCGCCGCCAUUGCCAACGGUAUCGCGUGGGGAAAGACAGACGCUUCCUUGGCUUGGUUCGAGUAUGGUUCGAUUGGAGGGACUCCGGCGCUGACUGGCUUUAUCACGUUCUGGGCCGCUGUCAUCGUCUUCCAGAACUUGGUGCCCAUUUCUCUCUACAUCUCGUUGGAAAUUGUGCGGACACUACAAGCUUUCUUCAUCUACAGCGAUGUCGGCAUGUACUACGAAAAGAUCGACCAGCCCUGCAUCCCCAAAUCGUGGAACAUAUCCGACGAUGUGGGCCAAAUCGAGUACAUCUUUUCGGACAAGACCGGCACCCUAACACAGAACGUCAUGGAAUUCAAGAAGGCGACUAUCAACGGUCAACCUUAUGGCGAAGCUUACACUGAGGCACAGGCCGGCAUGGAUAGGAGACGAGGUAUCAAUGUUGAGGAGGAAGCCAAGGUGAUUCGAGAAGAGAUCGCAGCAGCGAAGGUGAGGGCCAUCCGCGGCCUUCGGGAACUGCACGACAAUCCAUAUCUCCACGACGAGGAUAUGACCUUCAUCGCCCCCGAUUUCGUCGAAGACUUGGCCGGUAAGAAUGGUCCGGAGCAGCAGCAAGCCACCGAGCACUUUAUGCUUGCGCUUGCCCUCUGCCACACGGUCGUCGCCGAGAAGCAGCCAGGCGACCCUCCUAAGAUGAUCUUCAAGGCGCAGUCACCUGAUGAGGCCGCCUUGGUUGCGACCGCGCGCGACAUGGGCUUCACCGUUCUCGGCAUGUCUGACGGGGGCAUCAAUGUGAAUGUUAUGGGCAAGGAUAUGCAUUUCCCAGUGCUCAGCAUCAUCGAGUUCAACUCGAGCCGCAAAAGGAUGAGCACGAUUGUUCGCAUGCCAGACGGCCGGAUUCUGCUCUUCUGCAAGGGGGCUGAUAGCGUCAUCUACUCGCGUCUCAAGAAAGGAGAGCAGGCCGAUAUGCGCCGAGAGACCGCGCAGCAUCUCGAAAUGUUCGCCGUUGAGGGUCUUCGGACGCUCUGUAUUGCGGAGAGGGAGCUCUCGGAGGAGGAAUACCGUGAGUGGCGCAGGGAACACGACCUCGCUGCUACUGCUCUGGAGAACCGCGAGGAGAAGCUCGAAGAGGUGGCUGAUAAGAUUGAGCGCGACCUCACUUUGCUUGGUGGCACCGCAAUCGAAGACCGGCUCCAGGAUGGCGUUCCCGAUACGAUUGCCCUCCUGGCCGAUGCUGGUAUUAAGCUCUGGGUGCUCACGGGCGACAAGGUCGAGACGGCCAUCAAUAUCGGCUUUUCAUGUAACCUGCUUAAUAACGACAUGGAUCUGCUUCGUCUGCAGGUGAAUGAGAGCGACGCCAGCACCGAGGACGACUAUCUUCAGCUCGCUGAAGAGCAGCUCAAGACCAACUUGGAAAGGUUCAACAUGACAGGCGACGACGAAGAGCUGAAGAGAGCUAGGAAAGACCACAACGCUCCCUCCCCGACUUACGCGCUUGUCAUCGACGGCUUCACGCUGCGGUGGGUGCUCAGCGACUCACUCAAGCAAAAGUUCCUGCUGCUGUGCAAGCAGUGCAAAUCGGUGCUUUGCUGCCGUGUCAGUCCAGCUCAGAAAGCAGCUGUCGUGUCGAUGGUCAAGAAUGGCCUUGAUGUCAUGACUCUCUCGAUUGGCGAUGGAGCGAACGAUGUCGCUAUGAUCCAAGAGGCUGAUGUUGGCGUGGGCAUUGCUGGUGAGGAAGGCCGGCAAGCUGUCAUGUCAUCAGACUUCGCGAUCGGUCAAUUCCGUUUCCUGCAGAGGCUUGUCCUUGUCCAUGGCAGGUGGUCAUAUCGCCGACUGGCUGAGACCAUCAGCAACUUCUUCUACAAGAACAUGAUUUGGACGUGGUCCAUCUUCUGGUACCAGUGCUACUGCAAUUUCGACAUCGCCUAUAUCUUCGAGUACACCUAUAUCCUCAUGUUCAACCUCUUCUUUACGUCGGUCCCAGUCAUCCUUAUGGGCGUUUUGGAUCAGGACGUAUCGGACACCGUGUCGUUGGCCGUUCCACAGCUCUAUAGGCGUGGCAUUGAGCGGAAGGAAUGGACGCAAACAAAGUUCUGGCUGUACAUGAUUGAUGGUGUCUACCAGUCGGUCAUGUCCUUCUUCAUUCCAUUCAUCUUCGUCGUCCUCACCCCCACGGCUGCCGGCAACGGACUUGAUGUGUCUGAACGCACACGAUUGGGCGCAUACAUCGCGCAUCCGGCUGUCAUCACGAUCAACGGCUACAUUUUGAUCAAUACGUACCGCUGGGAUUGGCUGAUGCUUCUGAGCAUCGUGCUUUCCGACGUCUUUAUCUUCUUUUGGACCGGUGUCUACACGGCGACAACUUAUUCCGCUGGUUUCUACCAGGCAGCGCCACAAGUAUACCAGGAACUGACAUUCUGGAUGUGCCUAAUCGUGACUCCUGCUCUUUGCUUGCUCCCACGUCUGGUUGUCAAGUGCAUCCAGAAGCAGCGAUUCCCCUAUGACGUGGACAUCAUUCGCGAGCAGGCCAACCGCGGCGAUUUUGCAGCGGCCGAUGCAGCAGCGGUGGCGGCUCUUGGAGGUCCCGAAAGGGUCGAAGGCGAAUCACUCGGUUCGUUGUCAUCUUCAGGCAAGGGCUCUGGACGCAGCAAGAAAUCCAAGCACCAGCAGUACGCCAGCGUGGACGAGGACCGCCGGCCCAUCUAUCCUCCGUCUAUCGCUACGCACAACACCCGCGCGCAGAACGGCAGUGACGGCACCACAUACAUUAUGCAGAGCCGCACAUCAACUGAAUUGCAACAAGAGAUGCCGUUCGACCGCGAUCGCGAGGAGGAGACGCCCGCCGUCCGGCCAUCCAUUGAGCGCACACGUCCAUCGUAUGAUCGUAUCCGCCGUUCUAUCGACCGUGUGCGGCCCAGCUUUGAGGCCAGCAAUGACUUCACGUCGGCUGCAAGGCUGAGCCGAAUCGAGUCGACACACUCGUCCCUCGGGCAUACAUACAGCCACCAGAGGGAGAGCUACGCCGGCGAAUCCUCGGGAGCCCAACAGGGACAGGAGCCGGGGCAGCGGAGAUUUAACCUCGCCACUGUUAGGAAGAGAGGGCUGUCAGCAUUUUCGAAGAAGAGCAUUGAUACCACGGAGGGGGAGCCGCCGCGCGAGCCGCCAAUGUGA